AUGGCUGCCCUGGAUCUCAUCGACCACUCACCCCACCAUCCAGACCCGUCGCCACCAGUCGCAACGGCCUCCAACCUCGUUCUGAUCGACAACUACGACUCCUUCACCUGGAAUGUCUACCAGUAUCUCGUAGUCGAAGGCGCCCAAUGCACCGUCUACAGGAAUGACCAGAUCACCCUCGACGAGCUCAUCGCCAAGAAGCCUACACAAUUAGUCAUAAGCCCUGGCCCGGGCCAUCCCGAGACCGACUCCGGUAUCAGUCGUGAUGCAAUCCGCCACUUUGCCGGCAAGAUUCCCAUCUUUGGCGUCUGCAUGGGACAACAAUGCAUUUUCGAUGUCUAUGGCGGCUCUGUCGAGUUUGCUGGAGAGAUUCUGCAUGGCAAGACAUCCCCUCUGACUCACGACAAUAAGGGCGUCUACGCCAAAAUGGCACAGGGUCUCCCUGUUACUAGAUACCACUCACUUGCUGGGACACAUGUCACUCUCCCAGAGUCCCUGGAGGUCACCUCCUGGAUCCCCAAGGACGAUGGCUCCAAGGGCGUAAUCAUGGGUGUCCGCCACAAGGAGUACACCAUCGAGGGUGUGCAGUUCCACCCGGAGAGCAUCCUGUCGGCCGAUGGGCGCAUCAUGAUCAAGAACUUUCUGCACAUGCAAGGUGGCACUUGGGCUGAGAACGAGCGUCUCCAAAAGGUCUCCCAGACCAAUGGCACGACGACGACGACGACGACGACACCACCCACGAAGCCCAAGAACAACAUCCUGCAGCAAAUUUAUGCAAAGCGGAAGGAGGCCGUCGCUGUUCAGAAGCAGAUCCCCUCUCAACGCCCCCAGGACCUACAGGCAGCAUAUGAUCUCAACGCCGCACCCCCACAGAUUCCAUUCGUAGACAGGUUGCGCCAAAGCCCCUUUGAUAUAUCCCUCAUGGCUGAGAUCAAGAGAGGUUCUCCGUCCAAGGGUGUCUUUGCCAUGGACAUCAGCGCUCCAACUCAAGCCAAGAAGUACGCACUGGCUGGUGCUAGUGUUAUCUCCGUCUUGACUGAACCUGACUGGUUCAAGGGUAGUAUCGAAGACCUCCGUGCAGUAAGGCAGGUCUUGAACGGCAUGCCUAACCGCCCGGCCAUCCUCCGCAAGGAGUUUAUCUUUGAGGAGUACCAGAUUCUUGAGGCUAGAUUGGCCGGUGCAGAUACCGUCUUGCUAAUCGUCAAGAUGCUUGACGUGGAGCUGCUGACGAGGCUUUACAAGUACUCACAGUCUCUUGGUAUGGAACCUCUUGUUGAAGUGCAGAAUGCCGAAGAGAUGAAGAUAGCGGUUGAGCUCGGCUCGCAAGCCAUUGGUGUCAACAACCGCAACCUCGAAUCGUUUGAAGUAGAUCUGAGCACGACCAGCCGUUUGCGCAGUCUAGUCCCCAAGGAGACCAUCAUCUGUGCACUCAGUGGCAUCAAUACCCACGACGAUGUGGUUGCGAACCACAAGGAUGGCGUAAAUGCUGUUUUGGUCGGCGAGGCCAUCAUGCGCGCCCCCGAUGCAUCCGAAUUCAUUCAACAACUAUGCGCCGGCAAGGUUACACCCAAGCCAAAGACUACUGAACCUUUCCUGGUCAAGAUUUGUGGAACACGUACACCAGAAGCUGCUCUGGCUGCCGCUGAGGCUGGCGCAGAUCUGAUUGGCAUGAUCCUCGUUCCAAACCGAAAACGCACAGUCUCUGACGAAGCUGCAACGGCUAUAUCGAAGGCCAUACAUGGUUUCUCGAGACCGGCUACCAAUACUAAAACCAAUAUUGAUAAGACCAUUGCCAGCGACUUUUUCGCAUCCGCAAGCCAAAAAGUCACCGCUCAAGGAUGCACGCGCCCUCUCCUCGUUGGAGUAUUCCUCGAUCAGCCCUUGGAAGAAGUUCUCGAAUUGCAGAAAAGGUACAAUCUUGACAUUGUACAACUUCAUGGCAAUGAGCCAGUGGAGUGGGCAACCUCUAUCCCUGUUCCCGUUAUUCACAAGUUCGUCCCAGGCGAUGCCGGGAUCGGAGCAAGGGGCUACCAUGCUGUCCCAUUACUCGACUCGGGGUCGGGGUCCGGAAAACUUCUGGACUCGGUCGAUAUCAAGGCUGAGUUGGCAAAGGAUGGUGAGCUGCGCAUCGUCCUUGCCGGAGGCCUGAACCCUUCCAACGUGGCUGAGGCUGUCAACGGCUUGGGCUCAGAGGCUUCUCAGGUUGUUGCCAUUGAUGUCAGCAGCGGUGUUGAAGUUGAUGGAGCACAGGACAUCGCUACGAUACAAAAUUUUAUCGCAACUGUAAAGAAACUGCGGUGA